UUCCUCACAGCUCACUGAUCUACGAAAGCUACUCCACGAAAGCGAUUUCAGGUUUUUGAAGAUGUCCCUGGAUUGCAUUUCAGGAUUAGCCAAAACUGAUUGUCUCCUCCUCAAUACGAUCCAAGAGCUAGAGGCCGAACAAAUAAAUUACCUAAAAGCUAUAGUCCCCUUUCGUGUCUAUCCCGUAGGCCCUGCCAUUCCUUUUAUGGAACUCGAACCACCAAAUGAUUCUUCCACCAAUAACGUUGACCAUAUAUUAAAGUGGCUAGAUUGUCAGCCAAAUUUUUCAGUGUUGUACAUUUCUAUGGGUAGUUUCCUUUCAAUGUCUCGGCCCCAGAUGGAAGAACUUGCUUCAGCUUUAAAAGCCAGUGGGAUUCGUUUUCUGUGGGUGGGUCGUUCAGACGCAGAGUGGCUGAAAGAGAAAUGUGGGGAUAAGGGUCUGGUGGUUCCAUGGUGCGACCAAUUGAAGGUGUUGUGCCACAGUAGUAUUGCGGGAUUUUGGAGCCAUUGUGGAUGGAAUUCAACGAUGGAAGCUUGCUUUGCAGGCGUGCCGAUCCUGGGAUUUCCUCUGUUUCUGGAUCAAUUCUCGACUUGCAGGCAUAUUGCACAGGUGUGGAAGAAUGGAUGGAAGGUGGGUGGUAAGAAAUCAGAGGACUUUGUGACGAAGGAAGAAAUAUUGAAAGUAGUUCAGAUGGUGAUGGAUGUUGAGAAUGAGGAAGGGACGAAAAUCAGAGAAAAGGCGAAAGAACUGAAGGCGAUGUUUCGCAGAGCAAUUGCCAAAGCUGGUUCGUCUGACAUGAACAUGGAUGCUUUUGUGGAAGACAUGUUUUAAGUGCCCAGGUAGAUCUGUGGAAGUAGGAGACCUGGCUAUAUGUGGUUGCCACUGUGUACCCCACGACUUCAUGCAUUCGUCUAGUAUGAAAAAAAUAAUCACUUAUUUGGGAUGUAGAUUUGCAUUUUGAACUCCUGUUUAUUGACGUUCUUAUGCAAUCGCGUUUUUAGCUACUAUUCAUAUAAAUUAGUAUUAUUAAUAA